AUGGCAAAUUCAGCAGUUAAUAUUUUACAAAAAAGAAAAGAAUUAAUUAUUUCAAACCAUUAUUAUACUAGUUUACGAAGAUUAGUUCAAGUUCUUCAAAACAUGAUAAAAUUUGUCAAAGAAACACAAUAUAAUGAAUCUUUAAAAGUCAAAACAAUUAAAAAAAGAUUUAAAAGUUUAAAUAAAGAAUAUGAUAAUAGUAUUAGUUUAUUGGAUUUUUUUGAUUUUAAAAAAUUUAAUGCACAGGAAGAAGAUAAAAUUUUGAAAGAAGAUAUUGAAGAAUUUUUAAAAUUUCAAACAGCUUCAAUGAUAAAUACGAUAGUUAAAAUUCUUGAUGAAGUUAAGGAAUUGUGUAAAAAAGCUCAACAUAAUAAAAAAAUAGCAGGAAUUUUAACGAAACGUAUUUCCAAAGUAAUUCCUUUAAUUAAAAUUAUACAACAAAAAGAUGAAUUAUUCACAUCACAUUAUGAAGAUAGUCAUAAUAAUUUACGUAGAUUAAUUCUUCAAGUUCCUCAAAAUAUGAAGAAAUAUAUUGAAGAAAUAACGCAAUAUGAUACGAUGCAGGAACUUUUAGAAACUGAAACAUUUGAAAAAAAAUUUAAAGAAUUACGUAAUGAAUAUAAUGAUAUUGUUAAAAUUAGUUUAUUAAAUUUUAACAUAAACUUUGAUUUUAAGAUUAAUGAACAAGAAGAUGAUAAAAUUUUGUUAACGGAUUUAGUAAAAAGUAGAAUAGCUAAAAUUUUUAAUGAAGUUAAGGAAUUGUAUAAAAUUGCUCAACAUAAUAAGAAUAUAACUUUUAAUUUGAUUAAACGAAUGUUCGAAGCAUAUUUUGCAGUUAUACAAGCAAAUAAAGAUUUAGAUACUUCACAUUUACAAAGAUUAUUUCAAGUUUUUAAAGAAAUGAAAAAAUAUAUUGAAGAAAUAACACAAUAUAAUACAGUACAAGAUUUUUUGAAAGAUAAAAUAAUCGAAUAUAAAUUUAAAGAUUUACGUGAAGAAUAUAAUAAUACUUGUAUUGAUUUAUUAAACUUUGAUAAUUGUAAGAAAUUUAAGGAACAAGAUGAAGAUAAGAUUUUGAAAGAAGAUAUUAAGGAACUUAUAAAAUUUCAAACAAUUUUAGCAGAAAGUAUAACCGGUAUGAAUAUGAAACAAAUAUCUGAAAUAAAUAAUACUAUUUAUUUUGAACUAUUUUUUCCUCUUAUUAAAGAUGUAGCCAGCAUAUUUAAUAGAAGUAUGGAUUUAUAUCAUAAAGUUCAACAUAAAAAAAUAACAAAAAUUUUAAUCGAUCGUAUUACCAAAGCAACUAAUACAGUUAAUAUUUAUAUUUUACAAGAUACUGAUGAUAAUUUAUAUACUUCAAAAAAUCAUGUUAAUUUACAAAGAUUAGUUCAAGUUCUUCAAGACAUGAAAAAUUUUAUUGCCGAAGAAUUAACACAAAAUAAUCUAUUAAUUGAAUCUGUUAAAUCAAAAAUUAUAGAAUUAUGUAAUGAAUAUGAUACUUGUAUUAGUCUAUUAAUGAUUAAUCCUAAGGUUAAUUUAGAAAGUAAAAAUUUGAAUGAUGAAUUCCAAGAAGCUUUAACAGAAAGUAUAAUUGAGUUAUUUGAAUAUAAUAUGAAUCAAAAUAUCACAGAUACAAAUGAUGAAAUGAAUAAAAUUAUCAAAAUGGUAAUUAAUAUGCAUAGUCUGAUUGACAAUAAAAAAGGAAUAAGAUUUAAUGAAUUUCCACUUCCAUACUAUAAUUAUAUAAUGUCUGAUGAUAAACCUCGAAGUGAUAAAUUAAGAAAAUACAUUAAUAGAAUAAAUGGUGAUGAAGUUGCUUUUAAAACUGUUAAAGAAAAUCAUAUUAUUGUUCAAGUUGAAAAUCAAGUUACAAUCCUUAAAAAACUUGAAUAUUGUCAAAAUAUCAUUCAAUUUUAUGGUCUUACUUAUGAUGGUUCUAAAUUUUAUUUAAUAACUGAAUGGGCAGAAAAUGGAAAUUUACGUAAAUAUAUUUCUUUAUAUGGACAAAAUAUUGAAAUAAAAUUUAGAUUAAAAUUUGCUUAUGAUAUUGCCAAAGGGUUAAAUUUUCUUAAUUCUGUUAAGAUUCUUCAUCAAAAUAUUAGUUCUGAAAAUAUUGUAAUAACAAAUCAUGAUGUUGCAAAACUUACAAAUUUUCAAUUAGCUAAUAAUUUAUUCAAAGAUAAAAAAUAUAUUCAAUAUAGUUCUCCUGAAAUGCUGGAAGUGAAUAAGGAAAAAGAAUAUAAUACUAAAUGUGAAAUUUAUAGUUAUGGUAUUCUUCUUUGGGAGAUUGCUGAAUGUAAAGUUCCAUAUGCAGAAUUUGAAAAUCCUGAUAUUAUAAAAAAAGUAAUUAAAGGAUAUCGAGAAAAAUUUACACCUGAUACUAAUAUUCCUAAGGAAUAUCAAAUUCUUGUAAAAAAAGCUGUUAAACAAAAUCCAGAUUAUCGACCUACAUUUGCAAAAUUAUUAAUAGGUUUACAAGAUAUCUUUAAUAAUUAUAUUUCUAUAAGAAAAGAUUUAUUAUGGAUAAAAUCUGCAAUUAAAGAAAAAGCAAUUAAAUAUAUAGAAUGGAAUGAAUUAACUGAUUUAUCAAAAGUUGGUUCUGGUCAUUUUGGUUCUGUAUCUAAAGCACGUUGGUCAAAAAUAAAUGAUUUUAUUGUUAUUAAAAAAUUAAAUAAUUCAAAUGAUAUUCAAGAAGAUGCAUUUCAACAUGAAAUACAAAUGCAAAAUAGAGUGCAUGCUUGUGAAAAUAUUAUUCGUUUUAUAGGAAUUACUCAAGAAUUACAAUCACAAAAUAAUUAUUGUAUAGUUAUGGAAUAUGCUGAUAGUGGUAACUUGCGAGUUUAUCUCAAAAAAAAUUUUUCAUUUCUUAAUUGGAAUAAAAAAUAUCAAUUUGCUUUUGAUAUUACAAAUGGGGUGCAUUAUUUACAUAAAGAAAAAAUCAUACAUAGAGAUCUUCAUGCAAAAAAUAUAGUUAUACAUAAAGGAAAAGCAAAAAUAACAGAUUUUGGAUAUGCUAAAAGUAUGGAAACUCAAACUAAAAUACAUACAGAAAUUUUUGGAAUGAUUCCAUAUGUAGCACCAGAAUUACUUAAACAUAAAGGCUCUCAACUUCCACCAUUUUCAUGGAAAACUGAUAUUUAUAGUCUUGGAGUUUUACUUUGGGAAUUAUCAAGUGGUUAUCCUCCAUUUGAAAAUACUGAUGAAAUAUUAUUGCCAAUACAUAUUAUUUGCAAUAAAAAAAGAGAGGAAAAAAUACCUGAUACACCAUCUGAUUAUUAUAAUCUUUAUACUGCCUGUUGGAAUGAAAAUCCUGAAGAAAGACCUACUAUUGAAAUUAUUUAUAAUAAAUUGUUACAGUUAUCUAAUAUAAAUACUGAAGAUUUAUUAUUAUAUGAUAUAAAUAAUGAUGUUAAAGAUUCAUCAUCCAAUAAUCUACAAUUUUCAAAUUCACUAAAUUCACUUGAAAUUAUUAAACAUUCAUAA